GGACACGCUGUACGGAUAGACGGUAGCAGUCGCCGCGUCCUGCAUCGCGCGAGAUUUGAGGUAGCUGGUGGCCUUCAUCGAAUUGCUGCUUCGGCGUUUGCAAGAAAUCUCCAGCUGAUUCGAGCCGCACGGCGAGCAACCAGCUCUCAAAGCCCAUCUCGCCCAAAAGCCGCCGUAUUCUGCACAGCCGUGCGCACGCACGCUGUCGCCGCGCCACAGCAGCACGGGAGACACGUGGCACGCCUGGGCCAAUCCUCGGCCGCCGCUCGUGCAAACCUCAGCCGUCGCGCGUCCGCCGUCACGAGCGACGCUAGCAGUAGCACGCCAUCGACGCAAUUCGUCACCCGCGUCACACGCAGGCAAGAAAAAAAUGGCGAAGAUCAUCCUCGCCCUCGCCCUCGCGGCCCAGGCCCUCGUGCCGACGCGCACGGCCCUCAAAUCCACGAAUGUGCGCGCCAACGCCCGGUCCGAGAUGACCAUGGCGGCGGACGGCGGCGUCGUCCUCAUCGGCGUCGCGGCCGACUCCGGCUGCGGCAAGUCGACCUUCAUGCGCCGAUUAACCGGUAUCUUCGGCGGCACGAACGUCGGCCCGCUCGGCGGCGGCUUCGACAACGGCGGCUGGGAGACGAACACGCUCGUGAGCGACACGACGACGGUCAUCUGCUUGGAUGACUACCACCUCAACGACAGAGGAGGCCGCAAGGUCACGGGCCGCACGGCUCUGGACCUGGCGGAGAACAACUUCGACCUCAUGUACGAGCAGCUCAAGGAGCUCAAGGCGGGCAACGCCAUCAAGAAGCCCAUCUACAACCACGUGAACGGUACGCUCGACACGCCCGAGGAGAUCACCCCCACCCAAAUUGUGAUUGUGGAGGGCCUCCACCCGAUGGCGGACCCGCGCGUGCGCGAACUGCUCGACUUCUCGCUCUACCUCGAUAUUACCGAUGACGUCAAGUUCGCCUGGAAGAUCCAGCGCGACAUGGUCGAGCGCGGCCACUCGCUCGAGUCGAUCCAGCAGUCCAUCGAGGCGCGCAAGCCCGACUUCGACGCGUUCGUCGCGCCGCAGCGCGGCGACGCCGACGUCGUGAUUCAGGUCCUGCCCACGGACUUGAUCCCCGACGAGAAGGAGGGCAAGGUCCUCAAGGUCAAGUUCAUCCAGAAGGAGGGCAAGGCGAACUUCGACCCCGCCUACUUGUUUGAUGAGGGCUCGACGAUCGAGUGGACGCCGUGCGGCAAGAAGCUGACCUGCUCCUACCCGGGCAUCAAGUUCGCCUACGGCCCCGACGAGUUCCUGGGCAACGACGUGACCGUGCUCGAGAUGGACGGCAAGUUCGACAAUUUGCAGGAACUCGUGCUUUACCAGAGUCCUUCAUUUCCGCGACGCCACGACCGCACGCCGUCGCCGCGACUCACAUGUUGAUUUCCACACAGAUCUACGUCGAGUCCCACCUCUCGAACACGGCGACGAAGUUCUACGGCGAGCUCACGCAGCAGAUGAUCAAGAUGGGCGACUCGCCGGGCUCGGACAACGGCACGGGCACGGGCGCGGCGUGGGAAACGAGCUUCGAGUCGACGCGGUCUUCAUGAAGACGUCGACGCGAUGCCGCGCCGCCUCGACGUCGUCGACGCGUCUCGCGAGAGAGACCGCGGCCGUAUCGCGACGCCCUCGUUCCGCGCAGGCUUCUUCCAGACGCUCGCGUCCCUCAAGAUCCGCGAGUUCUACGAGAAGCUCUCGGGCGUCGAGGUCGAGGUUGAGGCGCCGGCCAAGGUCGCGGCGUAG